AUGGCGGCAGUAGACUUUUCAAACGUCUAUUCCGCUACAUAUAGCAGUGUUCCGGUGUAUGAGUUCAAGAUUGGCACCGACAGUGUUAUGCGAAGGCGGUCUGAUGAUUGGAUCAAUGCGACACAUAUACUUAAAGUAGCAGGGUUUGACAAGCCGGCAAGAACUCGUAUUCUCGAGCGUGAGGUUCAGAAAGGAGUCCACGAAAAAGUUCAGGGCGGCUAUGGCAAAUAUCAAGGGACAUGGAUCCCACUUCAGGAAGGUCGCCAGCUUGCAGAGCGGAAUAAUAUACUCGACAAACUCCUGCCAAUAUUCGACUAUGUAGCGGGCGACCGCAGCCCUCCUCCCGCGCCGAAGCAUACAUCAGCGGCUUCAAAGCCAAGGGCACCGAAAAUCAACAAGAGAGUUGUCAAAGAAGAUGUUUUCAGUGCCGUAAACCAUCACCGAAGCAUGGGACCACCAAGUUUCCACCAUGAGCAUUACGACGUAAACACUGGAUUGGACGAAGACGAGUCGAUCGAGCAGGCAACCCUAGAGUCUUCAUCUAUGAUAGCCGAUGAAGACAUGAUCUCAAUGUCCCAAAAUGGUCCAUACUCGUCAAGAAAACGCAAGCGCGGAAUCAACGAAGUAGCUGCCAUGUCGCUUAGCGAGCAGGAACACAUUCUCUAUGGAGAUCAACUUCUAGACUAUUUCAUGACUGUCGGAGACGCACCAGAGGCAACGCGCAUUCCACCUCCCCAGCCUCCCGCUAACUUCCAGGUGGAUCGCCCGAUUGACGAUUCAGGUAAUACGGCCCUGCAUUGGGCAUGCGCAAUGGGUGACCUUGAAAUUGUCAAAGAUUUGCUGCGGAGGGGAGCAGAUAUGAAAGCACUGUCUAUUCAUGAAGAGACCCCACUGGUCCGCGCUGUGCUUUUUACGAACAACUAUGAGAAGAGGACGUUUCCAGCACUGUUAGACCUGCUUCUAGACACGAUCUCUUUCAGGGAUUGGUUUGGUGCUACAUUGUUCCACCACAUCGCGCAAACGACGAAAAGCAAGGGAAAAUGGAAAAGCUCACGAUACUACUGUGAAGUGGCACUAGAGAAAUUGCGCACCACUUUCUCCCCAGAAGAAGUCGAUUUAUUACUCUCAUGUCAGGAUUCGGUCGGGGAUACUGCCGUUUUAGUUGCUGCACGCAAUGGAGUUUUUCGCCUGGUUGACCUGCUUCUCUCUCGCUGCCCAAGGGCCGGUGAUCUAGUAAAUAAAAGAGGCGAAACCGCCUCUAGCAUCAUGCAACGGGCCCAUCUGGCAGAACGAGACAUCCCACCGCCGCCAUCUUCUAUUACUAUGGGGAAUGAUCACAUAGAUGGUGAAGUUGGCGCCCCUACCAGCUUAGAACCACAGUCGGUUACUCUACAUCACGAGUCAUCUCCCGCCACUGCGCAAUUGCUCUCACAGAUUGGAGCUAUCAUGGCGGAAGCGAGCAGAAAGCUUACCUCAAGCUACGGCGCUGCCAAGCCAAGUCAGAAAGACUCAGAUGAUGUCGCCAAUCCAGAAGCAUUGUACGAGCAGCUAGAGCAAGAUCGUCAGAAAAUCAGGAGACAAUAUGACGCGUUAGCCGCAAAAGAGGCCGCGGAAGAAUCAAGCGACGCACAGCUCGGCCGAUACGAGCAGAUGAGAGACAACUAUGAGUCCCUCCUAGAGCAAAUCCAACGAGCUCGUCUUAAAGAACGUCUUGCUUCAACUCCCGUUCCAACGCAAACUGCGGUUAUAGGCUCAUCGUCACCUGAACAAGACAGACUGCUCACAACUUUCCAAUUAAGCCGCGCGCUUUGCUCUGAGCAAAAGAUAAGGCGGGCAGCGGUGAAGGAACUGGCUCAACAGAGAGCUGAUGCUGGCGUCAGCACGAAAUUCGAUGUACAUCGCAAGCUUGUGGCGCUCGCUACUGGCCUAAAGGAGGAAGAGCUGGACCCUAUGGCUGCAGAGCUGGCUGAAACCCUCGAGUUUGACCGGAUGAAUGGAAAGGGCGUCGGGCCUGAGUCCCCAGAAGCAGACCAUAAAGACUCGGCUUCUUUACCUUUCCCCGGUCCGGUAGUAUCGGUGGAUGCUUAA